AAAAAUUCAAUUCAUAAACAAAAAUAGUCGACAAGUCUGCGAUUUACGUUCAUUGACGAAUUCUUCUUAAUCAGAAAUUGAAGCCGAAUCAGGUGAAAUUCUUUUACUCGAAUCUCGUGAAUCUAAGAGACAAUUAUGAUUCAUCUGAUCUCGCAAUGUUUGAUUGUUUUGCGAUCGAAGAUUCUACAGAUGUAAUGAAUAUCGGAUGCAUAGGGUUUGUAACAUGCUCGCAUAUAUUUGUCUGAUCUAGAAUUCUAGAUGUUGAUUUCGCUAGCGUAACAUUUGGACUUGUCCGAUUAUGACACGCUUUAUUGAUCUGCAUGCCCAAUGUUGCUUCUUUUUUCGGUUGUGAUGAUGAAUCUUGAUUUUUGGACAAUAUGGAUCAGAUUAUCAAGAAUUAUUACACUGUUAUUAAGCCAAAUUGUUCAUAGAUUUCAUCUUUGAUCUCUAUGGUUUUAUAAACAUUUGAGAUUCUACUUCAUUCUUUCUUAAGUUUGUGUUGUUAUUGACUUAGUUGAAAAACAAGAAGUGAAGCAAAAAUGGUUGGUGGUGGAGCUCCACAGAGAGGAAGUGCAGCUGCAACUGCAAGCAUGAGGAGGAGGAAGCCUGCUGGUGGCAGCAGCAGCGCCGGUGGUGGAGCUGGAACAAUGCUUCAGUUCUACACAGACGACGCGCCUGGUCUCAAGAUAUCUCCAAAUGUUGUUCUUAUCAUGAGCAUUGGUUUCAUUGCUUUUGUAGCUGUUCUUCAUGUCAUGGGUAAGCUCUAUUUUGUCAAGAGCAAAUGAAGACGAUACAUACAGAGCAAUGUCAUCGUACCCUUUUUCACUGUUUAGAAUUUUGUCAGUAUAGUAGUUUCAUUCAUGUUUUGAGUUUUGUUGUUGUUUUCUUGAGUAGUCUCAAUUGACCUCAACAUUUUUGCAGUUUCUUGAUAUUUGAAUUUUUGUCUUUCUUUAU